AUGAGAGAUCCCCUCCUCCCCCCUCUCUGCAGUAUCUACAUGGUGACCAUGAGCUCCCAGGUGGUGGGAGGCAGGAUGGAGACUGUGUGUGCCCAGGUUCAUGGCCCCACAGAGCCCCUCUCCCUCAGGGUGAUCCUGCAGCUGGAGCAGGCCAACGCCACCCUGCUGGAGGAGACUGGGGUCUCCCAGGACUUCUACCGCUGCCUGUCCUUCCAGGUCCCCCCUGUGCUCCGUGAGACUGUGGCCACCCUCCAUGUCUCAGUGACCGGAGAGAAGGACUCCAUGAGCAAGAAGGCCAAGAUCCUCAUCAGACCCUCCACCUUCAUCACCCUCGUCCAGACAGACAAGCCCAUCUACAAACCUGGCCAGAAGGUUCAGUUUCGAAUCGUCUCGCUGGAUUUCAGUUUUGUGCCGCACAAUCAGAUGUUUCAAACUGUAGAGCUUCAGGACCCCAACUCCAACCGCAUCGCUCAGUGGCUAAACCAAUCAACAGUGAGCGGCAUCCUGGACUUGUCCCACCCCACAACACCAGAGGCCACCCAGGGUGCCUACACCAUCACCGCCUGGACUGAGAAGGGCAAACAGAUUAAACACUCCUUUGACAUCAAGGAAUAUGUCCUUCCUAAGUACGAGGUGAAGGUCCAGCUACCCAGCGUCAUCACCAUCCUGGACACAGAGGCCACUCUCAGGGUUUGUGGAAAGUACACGUAUGGAAAGCCUGUCCUGGGCUCUGUGAAGGCCGAGGUCUGCAGGAAGAAGGGAUACAGAUACUACUGGCUAUUGGACAGGGAAAUCACCUCUGACAUAUGCAUAAAGUAUGAGAUGACUACGGACAAAAGCGGCUGUGCCACACAAGUGGUGGAUGUGACGCAGUUCAACCUGAACAUCUCCGGCUUCCAGGACAGCUUCCAUGUGCAGGCAGAGAUGGAGGAGUAUGGGACAGGGGUAGUCCUGAAGGGCAGCGGCAGCCCAACAUUCUCCAGCGCGAUCAGAAAGGUCACAUUUGAGGACGCCCCUUCGGCCUACAAGCCAGGCAUCCCCUACCAGGGCAAGAUCAAGGUGGUGGGCCCAGACUCCUCCCCUGCAGCCAACGAGCUGGUCUACCUGUUCCUGCAGACUGGUGCCCCUGUGAAUAACUGGACCCUGACCACAGACAGCAAGGGCAUGGUCCCCUUCUCUUUGGACACCUCGCUAUGGAGUGAACGUGUAUCACUACAGGCUCGCACCAGGUUUAAAGAGGACAGGCAUCCGUAUGUUAGAGACCAACGCCUUCCAGAGUACGGCUCAGCCCACCACAGUCUCACAGCCUUCUACUCCAAGAGCAAGAGCUUUGUGAGGAUCCAGCAGGCCAGCCAGACCUUGUCCUGUGAGACAGACGCCACAGUGGGCGCCACCUACAUCAUCAGUGGGGAGGAGCUUAAGGAGGGUCAGAAGACUCUGGACUUCUUCUACAUGGUAAUGUCAAGAGGCAGCGUGGUGCAUCAUGGACGCAUACCUGUGACUGUGACGGAGCAGACAGUCAAUAGAGGGGAGUUGAGUGUACCCCUUCAGAAGAUGGUAGACCUUGCACCCUUUGCCCAGGUGGUUGUGUACACAGUCAUGCCCAGCGGAGAGGCUGUGGCAGACAGCCAGGACUUCCCCAUACGGCUCUGCCUGAAGAACAAGGUUUCUCUGAGCUUCUCGUUGCCUCAGGAGCUCCCUGGGGAGAAGACGUCCCUGAGCCUGCAGGCUGCGCCUGGCUCUCUCUGCUCCAUCAGGGCCAUCGACCAGUCUGUCCUGCUGCUGGAGCCUGAAAAGGAGCUCAGUGUUAAAUCUGUGUACAAGCUGUUACCAGUCGAUAAGCUGACAGGCUACCAUCACUCCAUAGACGACCGUGAACCAUACCCCUGCCUGCCAGAGCCACGAUUGCCUUUAGUGCUACAAGUAGAAGUAGAUGAAGAACCAGCUGAUGACCCACCCAGUCGCAAGAAACGUUCCUUCCGUAGACCUAAUAUGGAGAUGAACGAUGUCUACAGUAUAUUUAAAGAUGUGGGAAUUAAGAUCCUCACCAACUCUGAUGUGAAGAGACCUUUUCGCUGUGUCAAGUACAUGUUAAUGCAUCGAAAAAAAAAACUCAGAAUGAGUUCAGUAGCUGGUAGAGAAAGACCAGAAGAAUCGCUGGAGACCGUGAGAACCUACUUCCCUGAGACCUGGAUCUGGGAUCUGGUGCCUGUUGGAGACUCUGGCUCUGUGACGCUAGAGAAGACGGUUCCUGACACCAUCACUAAGUGGGCUGCUGGGGCCUUCUGUACGUCCUCUGUGGGUCUGGGUCUGGCCCCCGACACUGCCCUCACUGCCUUCCAGCCUUUCUUCCUCAGCCUCACCCUGCCCUACUCCGUCAUCCGUGGCGAGGUGUUCAUCCUCCGGGCCACCGUCUUCAACUACCUCUCCAAGUGCAUCAUGGUGAAAGUGACUCUGCCGGAAUCUGACCAGUUUAGCGCCAAGACCUGUGAUGGCUGCCAGUACCAGGUGUGUCUGUGUGCCGACGAGAGCAGAACAUUCCGUUGGAUCAUCACCCCCACUGUCCUCGGGGAGGUGAGUGUGAAGGUGAGUGCAGAGGCUUUGAAGACGGAGGAUCUUUGUGGCAAUGAGGUUGCCACGCUGCCUGAGAAGGGCCGCAUUGACACGGUGAUCCGACCCCUGUUGGUGGAGGCAGAGGGAACCCAGCAGACAUUGAGCCACAAUGCUCUGCUCUGCCCUGCAGAGGGUCCAGUAGAGAGGGACAUCUCUCUGAAGCUGCCAGAAGUGUUUGUGGAAGGAUCACCCAAGGCCUCCAUCUCUGUCCUUGGUGACCUGAUGGGUCGAGCCAUGAAGAACCUGGACAGUCUUCUGGCCAUGCCCUAUGGAUGUGGCGAGCAGAACAUGGUUCUAUUUGCACCAAACAUCUACAUCCUGACGUACCUGCAGAGCACCAGGCAACUGACCCCUGAGGUCCAAGACAAGGCCACACACUUCCUGGAGAGUGGCUACCAAAGGGAGCUCAACUACAAGCAUGAUGAUGGCUCAUACAGCGCUUUCGGCAAGAGUGAUGAGUCUGGCAACACCUGGCUGACCUCCUUUGUGAUGAAGUCUUUCGGAGGAGCACGGCCCUUCAUAUUUGUUGACCCUGCCCACAUUGCCAAGGCAAAGUCCUGGUUGGCCGGUCUUCAGCAACCUGAUGGCUGCAUUGCUUCUGUUGGGAAACUCUUCCACAAUGGCAUGAAGGGAGGUGUGAGUGAUGACGUGUCCCUGACUGCCUACAUCACUGCUGCUCUGCUGGAGCUGGGACUCAACACCACUGACCCCAUGGUGGACCGUUGUCUGGCCUGCCUAAAGACGACAGUGGCUGCCCCACUGGAGAACCUGUACACCACAGCCCUGCUCUCCUACACCUUCUCACUGGCCGGGGACCAGGACACGCGCAGCAAACUCAUCACACACCUGCACCUGAAGGCCAAAACCACAGACGGCACUCGCCACUGGGAGAGAGCUGAGGCUUCUGGGAAGGGCCUGGACUCCAUUGAGGUGGAGAUGACGUCAUACGUGCUGCUGGCUCUGCUUUCUGGACCGCCCAUGGAGGGCUUCGGCCUGGACUACUCAUCCAGCAUUGUCCGCUGGUUGGCCCAGCAACAGAACCCUUAUGGAGGGUUCUCUUCCACACAGGAUACAGUUGUAGCGCUACAGGCCCUGGCCAGUUACGGUGCUGCCACCUACAGUCCGGAGGGUGUCAGUACAGUGGUGGUGACCUCAACUGGGGGCUCGAGGCAAGAGUUCCAGGUGGACCAGCACAACCGCCUGCUGUACCAGGAGUCUCCACUAGGGGAGGUGCCCGGGGACUACAAGAUCAGGGCUGAAGGGAAGAGCUGCGUCUUCCUCCAGAUGGCUCUGCGUUACAACAUCCCUCCUCCUCCGGACUUCUCAGCCUUCAACGUGACGACUGAGGUGUUUGGGUUGUGCAACAUCACCAAACCCUCUCUCAUUGUUACUGUGAAUGUCAGGUACAACGGUCGCCGGAAGGAGACCAACAUGGUCAUUAUCAAUGUCAAGCUUCUCUCUGGCUUCAUCCUAGACAAGAGCUCCCUCAGACCUCUGCAAAAGUCCAGCACAGUAAAGCGUGUCGAUGAGGAGGACGGACAUGUUAUCAUCUAUGUUGACGGGCUCAAGCAGCAGGAAACCCAGCCUUACAUCCUGGUCAUCCAGGAGGACCUUCCAGUUAGGAACCUCAAACCUGCUGUGGUCAAGGUCUACGACUACUACCAGACAAGUGACGUGGCGGUUAGUGACUACAGCUCUCCGUGUGCUGAGGGUGAUGACAUCAAUGAGCUCUAGAAUACCUGGAAAAUACUCUUCUUGCUGAUUGGAGCAGAUAUCAACCAUUUGCUUCCUUUUUAGAAUCAUUGAUUUCUGCGAAGCCAUCCAUGUGAUUUUUUAUGCUUUUGCGUAGUUCCUGAAAAAACCCCAACAAAUGGUGGAACUGCUAAGGCCUGCUGUAAAAGUGUCAGUGAAUCGGCUAAAGAGUUUUUAGUUUUUAACCAGCUACAAUUUUACCUUGUUUUUAGAUUUGAUUUAUAGUUUUUUUUUUUACCAGUAAUGACCCCAUCCACCUAAUCAGAACAAAGUUAAUUUCACAGUUCAUAGUCAAUUUAAACCAAUACCAUGUCAGUGUUGCUAAAAUUCCCCCUGGGGCCAACUAGUGACACUGUACUGGGAAUACAUGCUUUAUUACUGUGUUGAAGCAAGACAAGGAAACAUCUAUUAUAGAGCAUCAGUUUACUAAAUCUUAUUGUAAAAAUUCCAUAGAUUAGAGUACCAUGUGAAAUUAAGAUGAUGCCAAUGACAUCAACAGGACCUGGUCUGGGUUGCUUGACUAAGUGGCAGAGCGACAGGAGCCUGUCACAACAUGUUAUAGUGUGCAAAUCUACUGUGUGCGUGUAUUCUUUGAGUGUGUUCAGAUAUAUGAACACAGGGCAUUGAUUCAACACCCACUGAUGUGUACUGUGACCAAUACAAUUAUUCAAAGACAAAGUAAAAAACACUGCUGUUGACUUCAAUGAUUCAUAAAUA